UGAUCACGUUAAUUAAAGUCAAACGUAACCAUCAGUCCGCGCGCGCCCGCGCGCGCACAUCGGUCACCUCUCUCAGCUAGGUUGCAGGUUGCAGUGUCUGGGGAACAGUCGCGCGCGCGGGCUUGUUAUUAACGUUAACAACGUUAUCUCUCGCGUCACUCGUGCCCCCAACAACGACUGCUGCUGCUGCUGCUGUGGUGAGAGGAAGAGGAGGAAGAAGAGGAGGCUCAGGGGGACAGAGGGAGCUGUGGUUCAGGUGCUCCGCUGUGAUUGAGACUUUUCGUCAGAGAUGAACCCGCGGCUCUGGAGCAGCGCCCCGACUUGACGACAAGUGUUUAUCUGUUGAACCGCCAUUGUUUUAUCGGUGAUGGGAUUCCUCCAGGAGCGACCUGCCGCCUAACCCCGCUGUGAGGUAUUUCCACCAGCAUGGAUUUCUUCAAAGAUCUGGAUGGACUAUAAAACUGUGAUGCUUUGCAAGUUUUUCAUGGCUCUUCUGAGAAUUUGCUAACGCCUGGAAUACAAACUUUGCAUAGUUUGAGGAUUGAUUUACAUAGCUGUGGUUUUUGACAAACCGUGGUCCGCUAAAAGUAAUGGAGACAGAAGAGAGGGAGGAUGUGUCACAGAAACAUACAGCCAACAUGAAGGAGGAGGCCAGCGAAGAUGUGACCUCUGGCCACACCUGUGGGGUGUGUGGUCGCAGCUUUCCUCUCCUCAGCUCUCUGUCCCAACACAUGAGGAGACAUACAACAGAGAAGCCUUACAAAUGUCCAUACUGUGAGCACAGGACAGCACAAAAAGGCAGCCUGAAAGCCCACAUCCGAAGCCAUAAACUGGGCCUUUUGGACCAUACUCCCAGUGUUAAGGAGGAGGAUGGGAAUCAGAAGCAGACCGAGAACACUGAGACUCCAGACCCUGCAGAAAUCACGACAGAAGUUACGACAUCUGAAAAAUCUCCUCAGGUCAAUGGGAAGGUGAAGAAAAAAGCAACCAAGAAAAAAGUUAAGGGGAAAAACAGUGUCAAGACAAAUCAAGAUGGGUCUUUUUCUUGCAGUCUUUGUAGCCAGGUUUUCCCUCAGGUACUGCUCCUUAAAUCCCACAUGGAAAAGCACCGGAGCUCACAGGAUCACGGUUGUCGGCUGUGUGGACGCCGCUUCCGCGAGCCAUGGUUCCUCCAAAGUCAUAUGCGCACUCAUCGGGUCAAAGACCAGUUGCCGGGCAGAAGCAACGAGCCACCCGCCACAAUCAAUGAAGUUCCCCAGGACCCAGCAACCCUGAUACAUAACGAGUGCCUCUAUGAGCUCUGUGCUGGCUGUGGUUACUUCUUCUGUGACCGGGAGACCUUACGAACACACGAGAAGCUUCAUAAAAAGAACCACCGCCACACUCCAACACAAACUCCACCACGAGAUAGUGAGGCCUCUGAGCAGGAGAUUGCCAAGAGGUAUUUUAUGCAAAGUCUGAGCCUCACACACGCUGGUGCUAAGGAUCCCUCAGAGGAAAAACGCCUGGGCUUGAGAAUCCCACAGCUGGAUCCAGUUUGUAGUUACCAGGCGUGGCAGUUGGCCACAAGGGGACGAUUAGUGGAGGCCACAGAGAAACGGGAGGAGAGAGGAGCUGAUGCUAAGUUGCCACAUGACACAGACAAGGGUGAGAAUGUUCCCCUGAAGCAAAAGAAGAAGAGAGAGCGAAUCAACACCUCCUGUUCUAAUGUUAAGAAGAAGAAGGUGGACGCAGUCCCUGAUCCCACGUCACCCCCCUUGGCCCACACUAAAGGUGGCGACAAGAAGAAUUGCCACAAGGAUCAUAGCCUGUUCAACGGACUUGGUCAUGCAUUCUAUGAAGCACUGCAAAAUAAGACACCUAAACCAAGCAACAGUAUCAGGAGCCAAGACCAGGAGGAUAAAAAACCCUACUUCUGCAAACACUGUGAUUUCCACACCGUCGAUGCAUCACAACUCAGGUCCCACCUGCACAAGGACCACCAGGACCUCCUGGAGUCCCACGGCAGACACAGCACCAUUUUGGACAUUAUAAGCCAGAGUGGUCCCAAAACCUCAAGACAUCCUCAAAAUGUUCCAGAGGUCAAACGGCCAGGACAGACCUGUGAUGACGCCGUCAGCCUUCUCAAUCUGUCUGCUUUACCUGCUCAUGAAGGAGACGGUACGGUGGAUUUUUCAGUUAAAACCGAGGGCAUUGUGAGACAACAGUGUCCAUACUGUUCACAUACCACCAACUACCCAGAGGUACUUUGGGUCCAUCAGCGCGUGGCGCACCGCGUGGAUGGCAGCAGCUCUGUGGCACCUAAGUGGGCACCGUGCACUAACAGUCUCAAGAUCCUAAAGGCAGGCACCUCUCAGUGGAGACGCACAGGGCCGCCACCCUUCCUUGAAGGCAAGGACUGUCCAGCUUUACCUGCUCCUAGAAGUCAACGCACACAAGCCCCGGACGUCUCAACCCCAAACCCCUCGGCAAGGACCCAGUCUCAGUCCAAAACCCACUCACAUGUCCCCAAGUCCAAGCACUCCUCAAAGGACUCGCACUCCUCAGAUGGGACAUACUCGAGUGCGAGGAUGGGACUCCUACCUCAAAAGAAGUCUGCUGGACACAAUAGGGCAGUGGAGGGGGGAAGUAAAAAUCCCAGUCCCCAGGCUACUUCCUCCAGCAGUAUUGUGCACAGCAAGAGUGACUCUAGUUUCCAGCCAACCAGCAGCCCCAAACACAGAGGCCACAGAGCCGCCGUGGAGGGAAACUUCCCUCAAGAGGGUUUAGGUUUUAUGUUGGCCCGGAGUUACGAUAGGCCUUUGUCUAACCCAGCUGCAGAGAGACUCCGUCCUCGCAGGCAUUCGUAUGACUCCUCUUCAGGUCUCAAGGGCCCCGAUCUGUGGGCUCCCGUGAACACGUGGGGGCUGCAAGGGAGCAAAGCAUAUUUUGAACCACUCCUUUUUGCUCAGGGAAAAAGGGAGUCAGCAGGAGAAAUGCCAAUGGACGUUGAUAUUCUGAGUCUCCUGAAGAAUUACAAUCCCCACGACCUGGCUGCUCUCUAUCAGCACUGGGGCUUCAUCGACCCCAGGAUUGAACCACAAGCAAUGUUGCAGUUAAAUGGAUAUUUUGAAAACCAUUCCUCCUCUGAAGCUUCCAAACAAACAAACAGCCGCUCCACUUCGUCCUCAGGGUCUCUUCAUAAAGAAACGUGAAGAAGGCGCGUCGCCUUCCAGUCGGCUUUCGGGGGAACAAAAUAAAGGAACCAGCCAUAACUUGUAAAGAAACAGGGCACGGGAUAGUAAAGCAGUAUGUAACUGCAUGUAAAGCAGUGAGUUGCACUGGUUGCUUUAUUUGAAGUGUUAAGCAUGCUGUUGUUUUUAUUUAUGUUAAAGUUAUUGAGACACACGUGGACAUAAUGAGGCAAAAUCACUGAGACGUAUGGGUCAACAUCUCAGAAUGGAAGUGAAUUGAGAAGCUAGAGUUUAAAAGGACAAAAUAAUCUUCUAUAAAGUACUCAGACAUUUGAUGGAGAAAAUAAUCCAAUAAAGUAAUAGAAAAACGUACAAAUACAGAUGCCACUAAAACAUUCAGAAUCAAAUGUAAGCUAUGCCAAGAAUGCUUCACCUCACUGUUAACUAUCUAUGCACAUUCAGGCGUUCACUUUGAUGACCAUGAUGGAGCCUAUGAGCUUUUUUAUUUUUUUUGGAUUCAGGACUAUUGCUACAGGGCAUCAAAUAAUAAUAAUAAUAAUAAUAAUGUCAGUUUACACUUUCUUUUCAGUUCUAGUGAACCUCAACAGCAUCCCAUGACACAGGCAGCAGCUUCAUUAGAGCUUAAACAGACCAGGGUCCAGGCACCAGCACCGUUAGUUCACCAUCCCACACGGUAAAAGCACAGGAUGCACUACUGAUGUUAUUAUAACAAUGAAUGCUGAGCAACAAUCUGAUGUCAUGAAGUGGCUUUAAUUAAAGAAAAAAAGCAAGAAAGGCCAUUUAAUGUCUCUACAAAAUCACUAAGAUGAUUAUUAUUCACCCUAUUUUGGACACAUCUGCCAUAAUAACAAUAACAACAAACCACUGUCAGUAAACUAUUAACAGGCUGGGUAGAAGGGGACCCUCUUUAAAGGCACAAUGGUUUUUAUUAUUUAACUUAAAUUUUUCUAGUGUGUCGUGGCACAACAACAUUGAAAAGCAGUGCUCUGCUUCAAUUUACCAUUCAUCUCAGAUCAGGGACACGGUGUAAACACCCGCACUCGUUCUAUAUUGUGCGAGUAAAGUAGCAGUUGAAUUCUGUCACGUUUGUUUAUAGCUAGAAGUUGUAGCUCUUAUUUCAGGGAUGUGGUGCGGACUCACAUCUGCCAUUGAGCGACUGAAAGCAGGUUUAAAGACUGUAAAAUAUUUGUUGUUGACUUUUUUUCAAAAUUGACCUCAUUCUUAUUUUGUUUUCCUGUGUUUUCCGUUUGUAGUAUGUUCCCGUUCAUGCUAUUUAAUUCCAUUGAUUCUGUGUAUUCAUCUUCCAUAGAGGAACGGUCUAUGCAUUUGACAGAAAGCCAUCAAGUUAUAUAGAUUCUUGGGAGAUCUUGCGAAUACAUAAUUUAUUAUUGGAGUAUUAAUGCUGACUUUAUUUAAUGAGAUUGUUUUGUUUGCUAAGAGUGAUAUUUAACACUCCCAAAGUACUUGAUAUUUGUAGUAACAACAGAAAAUGUUUUUUCGGUGACUCACUGAAGUUGAGGUCGGAGUUCAGGGUCGGCAGUGAGACAGGUUUUGUUGAGCCUUUAAUCUUUUAUUUUGAAACUGUUGUUUGUAAAAAAAGAGACUGUGAGACAGUGAUGUUUUGUGAAAGCCUGAAGCUUAAAGUUCUUUUUGUGUGACUGUAAACAUGUUUCAUGGAUAAAUAAUAAAUAUGUUGGCAUUAGAAUUUCUAUUUUCACCACUUCUACAUCUGUAAAGUUAUUCAAAUAAAGUUGGUUAAUUCUG